AUGUGAUGUCUCAUUCAGGAGGAAAGAGAAGGUGUAACUCUAAGAGGUCACACGAGGCUGCUUUUAACAGUCAGUCUUCGACGGAUCAUUCUACUGAUUCGAAUGGCUCUUCUUCAUCGACCCCUCCUGUUCAGCCCAAGCAAGUUUCCUUGAAAUCAAAAUAUACCUCAACUAGUCUUAAAAGAAUUCAGAAGGAGUAUGCUGAUUUGAUGGCUGAUCCCCCCCCUAACUGCAGCGCUUUUCCAAAAGGUGACAACUUGUAUGAAUGGGUUUCUACAAUUUUGGGUCCACCUGGUUCUGCUUACGAGGGUGGAAUAUUCUUUCUUGAUAUUCAUUUUUCUUCCGAAUAUCCAUUUAAGCCUCCCAAAGUUACAUUUAAAACUCGCAUAUAUCAUUGUAAUAUAAAUAGUCAAGGAGUAAUUUGCUUGGAUAUCCUUAAGACAAAUUAA